AUGGAAGAGAAAAAAGUAGCAAGAGCGUUAAGCGAACACCUAUCUCUACCUCCUCCACCACCUCCUACUGUAGCGGUAGCCAUUAAUGGAAAGAAAAAGAGCAAAUACGUGGCCUUUUGGGCUCUUGAGAAAUUCAUCCCCGAGGGAUUCUCUGAUUUCAAAUUGCUCUAUGUUCGUCCUCCUGUCACUUACAUCCCUACCCCAAUGGGGAAUGCGAUAUCGAUAACAGAGCUUAGAGACGACGUCGUAUCAGCUUACAGGCAAGAAGUGGACUGGAACACAAACGAGAUGCUUCGUCCUUACAAGAAAAUGUUCGAAAGGAGAAAGGUGCGAGUAGAGAUUCUUGUGCUGGAAUCACACGAGCCUGUAGCUGCGAUAGCGGAAGAGAUUGCUGGAACCGAAGUCACAAAACUCGUUAUAGGAAUGUCUCUUCGCGGAUUCUUCUCAAGAAAGAUCGAUAUGUCUUCUUUGAUCGCAACAGCUGUUCCAAGAUUCUGCACUGUCUAUGUCGUCUCAAAGGGGAAACUAGCUUCCGUGCGUCCUUCCGAUUCAGACGCUACCGGAAGCUUAAGAUUCGAGAGGAUCGAGAGAAGCAGUUCCACAAGUGGCUCCACUGAUAGUCCUACACUCCCUUCAGAGUACCAAGACUUACUCUCGUUUGUUUCGGAAGCACAAUCAAGAGUCUCUCCUUUCUUCCCUGCUCCGAAACAUUCGACAUUCCCGGAGAUGAGCAGCAGCUCCGCGGUGGUUACAAUGGAUACGAGUUCUAGCGAGACGGAUCAAUCGGAAGUAUCUAGAGGGAGAGGGAUGCAGAUUGUACAAAGCGGUGGUAACGAAGGGAAGAAGAAGAAGAAGAAUAACAAUAACGACGAGAGCUUUAGCGCAUCGUUUCCAAUGGGAGUAGAGGCGUAUCACGCGAUGAGCUGGGCUUCUAAAUGGAGAGAUCACGAGGACAGGAGAGAGAUCAUGAGCUCGUCUUCGAGCAACAACCACGAGCUUAUGAAUAUGGAUUGGGGUGCGGUGGUUCCUGAGAACUAUUCCUGGGUUUCUCAUCAAGCUUCUAACGUGUCUGAUGGUCUCCUCAGUGUCCAUUCCAUGACCGAUAAUCAGGUGAAUCUGAGCUUUGAGAUAGAGAAGCUGAGAGCGGAACUGAAACAUGUUCAGGAGAUGUACGCAAUGGCUCAAACCGAGACUGUGGACGCCUCGAAAAAGCUGACGGAGCUAAACCAGAGACGGUUCGAGGAAUCAGAGAAGCUAGUGGAUCUGAAGGGAAAGGAAGUAGCAGCGAAAGAUACAGCUUCAAAGGAGAAGAAGAGGUACGAAGAGGCGAUGAAGGAAGCAGAGAAAGUUAAAGAACUCAUGAUGAGAGAGGCUUUACAUAGAAGAGAAGCUGAGAUCAAAGCAGAGCGUGACGCUAAAGAGAAAGAUAAGCUCCAGGCUUCUCUCGUCUCUCCAGGGAUCCAAUACCAACAUUACUCCUGGGAGGAAAUCGCAGCCGCGACUUCAGACUUCUCGGAAGAUCUCAAGAUCGGAAUCGGAGCCUAUGGAACGGUUUACAAGUGCAAUCUUCACCACACUACAGGCGCUGUAAAGGUCCUUCACGCAGGAGAAACUCAGCUCUCUAAACAGUUUGAUCAAGAGCUUGAGAUCUUGAGCAAGAUCCGUCAUCCUCAUCUCGUUCUUCUCCUCGGAGCAUGUCCUGAACGAGGCUGCCUUGUCUACGAGUACAUGGACAAUGGAAGCUUAGAUGAUAGGUUGAUGCGAGUCAACGACACACCUCCGAUCCCUUGGUUCGAGCGUUUCAGGAUCGCUUUAGAAGUCGCUUCAGCGCUUGUCUUCCUUCACAAAUCCAAGCCGAGACCGAUCAUUCACCGCGACCUCAAACCGGGAAACAUCUUGCUUGACCAUAACUACGUCAGCAAGCUCGGCGACGUGGGUCUCUCCACGAUGGUUAACCAAGACGACGCUGCUUCUAAGCUUACCGUAUUCAAGAAAACCAGUCCCGUGGGGACGCUCUGUUACAUCGACCCUGAGUAUCAGCGAACCGGGAUCAUCUCGCCUAAAUCAGAUGUGUAUUCUCUAGGGGUUGUGAUUCUUCAGCUGAUUACCGCGAAACCGGCGAUAGCGAUUACUCACAUGGUGGAAGAAGCGAUUGGAGACGAUGCUGAGUUUAUGGCAAUGUUGGAUGUGAAAGCUGGAUCUUGGCCUAUUAGUGAGACUCGUGAGUUAGCUGCUUUGGGGCUGUGUUGUACGGAGCUGAGACGCAGAGACAGACCAGAUCUUAAAGAUCAGAUCAUUCCGGCUUUGGAACGGCUUCGGAAAGUUGUAGACAAAGCUAAAAACUCGCUCUCGAGAAAUCCGUCUGGUCCUCCGUCUCACUUUAUUUGUCCACUUCUCAAGGGAGUGAUGAACGAGCCGUGCGUAGCUGCGGAUGGAUACACUUACGACCGUGAAGCCAUAGAGGACUGGUUGAGAGAGAAGGAUACGUCGCCGGUGACGAACCUUCCAUUGCCUAACAAGCACCUUCUUGCUAAUUACACUCUUUACUCAGCAAUCAUGGAGUGGAAAUCUAAUAAAAAAUAG